CAAUUUCAUAUUGAAGAAACCAAAUGAAUGUAAAAUUUUAAAGCAAGUAAACAACAUCAUCUAUAAAAAUAGCUUUACUGAAAAACUGAAAUAAGUGAGUUGAAAAAAAUAAGGGAUGCGAAGUUUAGCUGUUGCCUUGCUCGUUUUGGUGUUGUGUACAUCAUGGUCGAAGGAUGGGUUAGGUUAUAGCAGUGCUCAGGAACCAAUGGAACAGCCUGAUGGUUGUUCAUGUGUUUGUAGAUGCGGUGAUGAAUCACAACCUCCGUCCAUGUCACUACCUCCAGUGAACACACCUCUACCCAAGCCACAACCUCCAAAGAAUUCACCUUCACCACAGCCACAACCUCCAGUGAAUACAUUUCCAUCCAAGCCGCAACCUCCAAAAAAUUCACCUCCACCUAAGUCACAACUCCCUAAGAACCCACUUUCACCCGAGCCACAACCCCCAAAGAAUUCACCUUCACUCAAGCCACAACUUCCACAACCUCCAGUGAACACACUUCCAUCUAAGCCACAGCCUCCAAAAAAUUCACCUCCACCUAAGUCACAACUUCCAAACAACCCACUUCCACCAAAGCCACAACCUCCAAUGAAUUCACCUUCACCCAAGCCACAACCUCCAAUGAAUUCACCUUCACCCAAGCUACAACUUCCGGUGAACACACCUCCACCCCAGUCACAACCUCCAAAGAACCCCCUUCCACCCAAGCAGCAACCUCCUAAUAAUUCACCUUCACCUAACCCACAACUUCCAGUGAACACACCUUCCAAGUCACAACCUCCAAAGAACCCACUUCCACCCGAGUCGCAGCCCCCAAAAAAUUCAUCUCCACUUAAGUCACAACCUCCGGUUAACCUACCUCCAUCCAAGUCACAACCUCCAAAGAAUUCACCUUCAGCCAAACCACAACCUCCAAAGAAUCCACCUCCUCCGGUGAACCAACCACCAAAAAAUUCACGUCCCCCCAAGCUUCAACCUCCAAAUAAUUCACUUCCACCCAAACCACAACCACCUAAGGCACAACCUCCAAUCAACCCACCUCCACCCAAGCCUCAACCUCCAAAGAACCCACCUCCACCUCCACCCCAACCACAACCUCCAAACAAUACUCCUCCACCCAAGCCACAACUUCCAAAAACUUCACCUCCACCCAAACCACAACCACCUAAGGCACAACCUCCAAUCAACCCACCUUCACCCAAGCCACAACCUCCAAAGAAGCCAACUCCAUCCCAAUCACAACCUCCAAACAAUGCUCCUCCACCCAAGCCACAACUUCCAAAGACUUCACCUCCACCCAAACCACAACCACCUAAGGUAGAACCUCCAGUCAACCCGCCUCCACCCAAGCAACAACCUCCAUUGAACUCACCUCCCAAACUACCACCACCAAAUCUGCCAGAACCUCCAGCCAGUCCACCUGUAGAACUGCCACCACCAACAUUGCCUCAACCAAGUCCGCCACCUCCGCCAACUCCCGAUCUAUCUCCGCCUCCUGAAUUCCCGGCUCCCUCAUUUGGGGAUUGCCCCGUUUCACCUUUAUUGCCACCUCUUGCGAGAGCAAAUUGGGAUUGUUGGUGUGCACUUCAACAAUCUAGAACAAAGUGUGUAGAUGAUAUUUUUAAAGCAUAUCAUAACGGUAGUAAAUUAGUUCUUGAUGCAGAUUGUUGUGCUGCGAUGAAGCAGCUUAAGGAGGAUUGCUUUCCCAGAAUGUUUAUUCCUCUCAAUCCCCAAUUUGGUUAUGCAGUAAGAGAAUACUGCGUCCAGUAUCCUUAGGGCUUAGCAACAUCAUACCAUGAAAGUUCUUUUAUACUAUGUUAUACGGAUGGCACUUUGUUAAAAUUC